CAGCCAGGGGUCAGCACCUCAGUGAAGCAUCUCCCCAAUGUUUCCACGGACACCCCUGGCCACUCUGCCAGACCAGAGGAGAGUUCUGACUCCCUAGUGUGUCCAGGCUUCCAGAUAUCCAUCAGCGCCUGCCUGGCUUCACUGUGGAUGUAUUAAAGGCGUCAAGACCAUCUCAGGAAAUGGACUUGAGAUGAAAUUAAAACAAGAUUGACAGUUGGCAGAAGUGCUAUAGGUUCUUCAUCAGGAAUCAGUCCUGUGGAUCCAGGACAGCUCUGUCCCACCUCCUGUCCUGAUCGGCGAGUCCGACAGAAGAUUCCGUUGGCCAGCCGCCUCUGUUGCCUUCCAGAGCAAGCCAAGAAGAUGGAAGGAUGGAAGAGCUGUCUGCCCGUGUGCUUUCUGCCGUCUGUGCCCUUUGUACUCCUAGUGUCCACUCUAGCCACUGCCAAGAGCGUGGCCAACAGCACUUUAAAUGGCCCUGACGUGGCCUUGGGCUCUGUGCCUGUAAUCGUCGCCAGAACCGACCACAUCAUAGUCAAGGAAGGGAACAGUGCCCUGAUCAAUUGCAGUGUUCACGGCGUCCCUGAUCCCCGGUUCAAGUGGUAUAAUUCCGUCGGCAAGCUGCUGAAGGAAGAGGCGGACGAGAAGGAGAAAGGAGGAAAGUGGCAGAUGCACGACAGCGGCCUCCUGAACAUCACCACGGUGUCUUUCUCGGACCGAGGCAAAUACACAUGUGUGGCGUGGAACGCCUACGGCGCCGUGAACAACUCGGUGACCCUGAGGGUGGUCUUCACCUCCGGGGACAUGGGCGUCUACUACAUGGUUAUCUGCCUGGCGGCCUUCGCCAUCGUCAUGGCGCUCAAUAUCACCCGCCUGUGCAUGAUGAGCAGCCACCUGAAGAAGACCGAGAAGGCCAUCAACGAGUUCUUCCGGACCGAGGGCGCUGAGAAGCUGCAAAAGGCGUUCGAGAUCGCCAAGCGGAUCCCCAUCAUCACCUCCGCCAAGACCCUCGAGCUGGCCAAGGUCACCCAGUUCAAGACCAUGGAGUUCGCCCGCUACAUCGAGGAGCUGGCCCGCAGCGUGCCGCUGCCCCCGCUCAUCAUGAACUGCAGGACCAUCAUGGAGGAGAUCAUGGAGGCGGUGGGGCUGGAGGAGCAGGGCCAGAACUUCGUGCGGCACACCCCCGAGGGCCAGGAGGCUGCGGGCGGGGACGAGGUGUACACCAUCCCCAGCUCCCUGCAGAGGAGCGACUCACCCGCCGCCGGCUCGGACACCUCGUCGCUGCACGAGCAGCCCCAGCAGAUCGCCAUCAAGGUGUCUGUGCACCCACAGGCCCCCCGAGGCCCCGGGGCCGAGCUGGAGGGCGUGCGGUUUGAGGUCAGAGACGGAGAGGAGACGGAGCCCUCAGCUGGCUCCCCAGAAACUGCAGAGCCUUCCACAGAGGUCACAUCCACAGAGCUGACCCCCGAAGAGCCCACGCCGGUUGGGGCUUUAGACAGAGUCAUGCCGCCCACUCAGCUGGAAGCUCCCGAGCCGGCCGUGGUGCCCGACAGAAACCCCUGCAUCAUCUAUGAGAGCCAUGUCUAAUGCCAACUCCAAAAAGCUAUGCAUAUCGAGAAAAUCAGGGGCUGCCGCUUGUAGUGCGGAUGGAGUGCGCACUCGCCACUAACGCCUUACCAGGGGACUCAUCCCUCGGGCAGGAGCGAUGCCAUCUGGAAGGGGACACACCUGCCUGCACUUUAUGGGACUCAAUUUCCCUGUAGAAAAGAUUGCAAGCAACACCAGCCGCAGGGCCGAUGAUAAGGCACGGAGUGUCUGUCCGUGUGCCGUGAGCUGCAGAGGCCGUUCUCUGCCACACCCUUGGUGGGGGACGCCCUUCAGGCAGAGCACCAGCUGAGCUGCUCUGCGCCACGGGCCCCGUCCGGUGCACACGGCACUGCUUUCCUUUAACAAGUACAGGUCUGCUAACAGCAAAUGCGCGUACAUGGGUGUGUUGCACUUUCUCAGUUUUAUUCUUCCGCUGCCCCUCUCUAAUGGAGUAGUUGUUAAAUUAGUACUAAGCGCUCAUCUCGGUUGAGGCCCCUUUGCCACUUUGUCCGUAUUUUCCCCAAGAACAUGUACCUCACAGGCUUUUUGGUGUCAGUCACCAGCACAGGGCUGAGACCUCCAAGUCACUUGUUAUGUCCAAAGCAGUCAUUAGGCUUUUUGUGUGUGUGUGGUGUUUGUUUUUUGUCAUUUUCCAGGCUUAUUUUCAUACAUUGCCUUUUUUGUUUCCAAUGAAGCUGCUGUCAUGAAACUGAGAACAGCUUUGCCCAGGAAUAGCACUUUAAUAGCCCAAUGAAAUAUGUUUACCCAUCUGAUUCUGAAAGCUUCUGGUGAGCUUAGCUGAGGUGUGGAGGGAAGUUGGAAAGGGUGGAUGUUCCCUUACUAUCCAUGAAAACUUUCUACAUUGGAGUAGCAUUGUCCUGUAAAGACUGGUUCUUUACCUAGGAAAUGUAUUGCUUCCAAAGUCAGGCAUUCGAUGAAUCACUGUAGGGUUAGGAUACUGGCUUCCCCGAAGGGCUUGCAUGGACCAUGUGCCAUUGGGUAGAUCAGCCACUUGAUUUGGAGCAGCAAAUAGAUGUGUGAAGUUGUGUCACUAGUCUGCCUGUAAAGGCACAGCUGCCUUGUCCCUGCAGGGAGAGUGAGAGGCGAGAGUCACGGCAUAGGCAGCUGCGCCGUCAAAUUCCACGCUGUGUUGCUGGCUUAUCUCUUAGUCUCACAAGAGAGCAGUUACGUGUGAGGCAGAAUGACUUCAGAGGAAGAGGACAAACUUGCCAUCCAAGGCGCACCCCUUCCCUGACUGCGCCAGUGACCAGCUGUUCAGUGUUGGGCAGGUCUCGGUCUGCCUCCUCCACCCGCUCAGCAGGCCAGGGAAGCCUGAGCGCCAUUCAGAAGGUCGCACUCUCACACAGAACCAAACCAAUAUUGCCAUCCUUGCACUUUCUCACAAUUACUUUAAAGGUCUCCACUUGCAUCUCUGUGUUUGCCUAAUAUUUCUUAUGCUGCUUUACCUCUGCACAUAAAGAGGAUCAGUUUGAAUAAUCAUAGCAUCACUAGGACCACUUACAGCUGAGCUUUAAUUGUGGUGAGAGUGAGUGGUGCCAUCUCACCGUCACUCAGGAGCAGGGGAGACGUUGACCUUGACGACAUACAAGGGUCACGGCCACAGCAGGGGGACUGCGUCCUCAGGGUGGCAGCCACCCGGACCUCGCUCUGUCACUAUCUGGGCAAGUGACCUUGGCAGCUCCUUCCCCCUCCCCCGGGAGCUGGUCUUGCCUGGUCGCUAGUCCCUUCUAGCUCAGACAUGGUUUUAUGGGAAGUCUGUACGCCCCAUUGUGAGAGCCAAGCAACACUGGGAGCGAAACGGGAAUGUGAGUCUGGGUGCUUUGGCUGUUCGGGCUCACGGCAGGUGGACCCGAGCCCGUGGCCGGGGCAGCGGGUCUGGGUGGCCCUGACGGGUUUCCUCCCUCGCAGGUGACUAUGUGGAUGGCAAUCUGACAAGACCCCCCUGGCCCUGAGUGAAUUACCAGCAUCUAGUUGGAUGUGUCUUGGGUGGCUGUAUAAAGAAACUUUUAAUAGAGAACAAUCAAGAGAAGCCACGACUCCCGUCUGGGUCUCUGGACUAGGGUUUUAUGUUGCAGGUGCUGAACACUCUUGUCUGCAGCUCUCAGAAUAUAAAUCUGUCCCCUUGUCAUAGAGGUGAACAGAUUCUUACCACGCAUCAAACCUCAAAGCAGCAGCAGCAGAGGCUUUAGCUCACGUAAUGAUACUGUGUAAACGUUUCCCCGCUGCAUGCAGUUCUCGUUCUACCCAGACCUGUGUGCAGAUUUCCACAUGGAAAUUACAGGAGAGGCAUCCAUUCUGUUCAGGCAUUGAAUAGGGAUAAAAAGUGUAAAUGGGCAGAUUUUUUUAAGAAGCAAGAAAUACACAAUGAAGAAUGUUUCCAGAUUGGUUUAGCCUCUUUAGACUGGGGAGAUUAUAUAAAGUUUCAAAACUUUUUCCCCUCUUGAAGGCAUCCAAAAGCUCUUGAUUGAAUAAUAACUGGCCUAAAAGGAGGCUGGCUUACAAUGGAGACUUCCCUUCCAGACAUUCUACACACUUCCUGUCUGUCCUACAGCUUCUUUAUGAAAUGAAAAAGGCUCUCCUGCUAGACUGUGAACUGCAGAAGACCUCGUGACUUUCAGCUAAUUUUUCAGAUAACUGUUCAGAGUCAUAGGAAUUCAUAGGAGUGUGGCUGGAUGUGUGCGUGCACGCGUACACACACACGUCCGACUCAUCUGCGUAGUUUUAGAAGCUUCCCACUAAAUCCCAAGCCAUGUCUUCUGUGUAGUCAUUCUCAAAAUCACUUUCUGGUUUCAGAGUCAUCUGGUCAUAGCUCUAGUAAUUUUUUUUCUUGAAAUUCUGAAAGUGAUUCAGAUAUGUGUGCAUAUUUAAUUCACUUAGAUCUGUAAACUUGGAUGGUAUUUAUUCUAAAUGGAAAAAAAAUUUUAUACUGAAAAAUCUAUGUAAUUUAUAAUGGUUUUGUUUUAUAUAUUAUAUUUUCAUAUCUUUAGGGCACAUCUAUUCUCAUCUUUUUGUAUAUCAUACUUGGCGAAAAGAAGCACUGAUACUUGACUAACAUCUCUAGGAACAAAAUGUGCUCAUAAGGUAUAGAAAUGGCUCUGAAAUGACCGGAACGUGCUCACCCGCCCAGGUGCUACUUGCCAAGUCACCACAUCCAGAGUGAUCCGUCCCACGUGCUCACGGGCAUCCCUUUGCUCAGAGCUGAGGCUGAGAAAAGGCCUGACAUCCCACACAAGGGAUUCCAGGAUCCCCUUCCCUUGUCUUUAUCAUUGUUUGUUUCAUUCUUGAUGGUAGAAGUCUGUGUUGUUUAAACGUCCCUUGGAAGGACAACCAUCAGAUAAGAAAGCAGCUGGACACAAGACCAAACUGAACUAUGGCUGUGUAAAUUAGUCAGUGGACUGAUAACAUGUUUUAAAUCUAAUGCUUGGAUUGUUAUUUAUUGGUGAUGUAGGAUCUGCCUAGCUCUCUAUGCACCAGGAAGCUGGAAGGCACAAAGAAUAUUUGCAUGUCUUGAGCAAAAACCCUCCAAAUGUAGCGGCCAACACCAACCAGCUUUAUCUUAGAAACCACCCAUCCUGGCCACUGAGGGGCCGUGGUAGGAAGGCAGUCAGACACCUUUUAUCCACAGAUUGAAGUAAUGUAUCCAUGUUUGAAUGCUUAACGGUGGCCCCUGUGGUUCCAUAGGAUUUCCCCUCGGUGUUUCAUGAUCUUUCGGAUAAUUUAUUUUAUGCUCAGCACAGUUCAACUCCUCUCCUGUACCCAUCCUCACAUGCCGUUUUGGCAGUCCUGUAAGAUUAUAAUCCUUGUUCUAUUCUUGCCUUUUAAACUAAGUUAUUGGUACUCUUUAAAUGCCUACCAAACCUCACUGCAUAUUCACGUACAUGUUUAGAGCACCUGGUGUCUUCAAGCCAUUCAUCACUUUUGCAUUCACCCACUCAUGCAAAAAUCCUUCAGUAGAAAACAAAGUUCAAUUUCCUAAUGACAUUUUUAGGAUUUCUACAGUGACUUAACAAGUUUGAAUUAAGCAAAUGAGUGGUGGGGGAAAAAUUUUAAACAGACUUGCUCUUGCUUAUUAUGUUUUCCAAAGGACAAACUGUGUGUUAGGAAAAUACCCUGCAGGGGUGAUAAUGACCUUUGAGAUUUUUCAGAGACGUCAUUUUUAAGGGGGCUAAUACAUAGAAUACCACAAUCAAAAUUGAAGCUCUUAGAGACUGUAAAAAUAGAAAGCAGAUAGUUCUAAGAAUAUUCUGGCAUAGAUUAUUUUUAUUGACCCAGGAUUAAAAGCCUUUAAAUCUGUCUCUCAGAUACCAUAGAGCUGCUUACGGUGAGAAAGGACCAAGAAAGAUGCUUGCUCUUAGGCUCGGUUUGCUGUAUGUAUUUCUCGUUCUGGGUGUUCCUUUGUUAAAAUCAGAAAAUAAGAUGAAAAAAUUUAUCUGGAUGGAAAUGUCAAGCUGGUGAUUUUGUGAACUAUAAAACGUUCACUUUUUAAAAAUGAUUUAAAGAUAUAAACAAAUCACUAAUAUUUAAGUUGAUGUUACUGUAGCAAAAGAAUAAUUGUUGUCCAUCUUGUAUUUUGAUGCUUUAAUAAAGGGUUUGCGCAGGUGU